UUCAAUUACAUAAGCACCCAGAUAUACAAUAUUAACGACUAAAACUAAUAUAUGGCUUUGCAACUAAGAUUGUUGUUGUCUUUCUUGCUGGCUUUAGGCCUAGUUCAAGUGGGAGUGUUGGCGGUGGCAACGCCUACUGAGGAGCUAGUUACAUUUGUGUUUGGUGAUUCCUUGACUGAAGUUGGCAACAACAAUUACUUGCAAUAUUCUCUUGCCAGGUCCAAUUAUCCUUGGUAUGGCAUUGAUUUUGAGGGCGGCCAAGCCACCGGAAGGUUCACUAACGGAAGAACCAUUGGCGAUAUAAUAUCUGCGAGGCUUGGAAUUCAAUCACCACCACCAUAUCUUUCCCUCUCUCCAAAUGACGAUAUGUUGCUGAAAGGAGUAAACUAUGCAUCUGGAGGAGCUGGAAUUCUCAACGACACAGGGCUCUACUUCAUACAACGAUUAUCAUUUGAUGAUCAAAUAAACUACUUUGGAAACACAACACUAGCUAUCAAAGCAAAGAUAGGAGAAGCAGCUGCUAACAAGCUUCUAAAUGGAGCUGUUUACUUCGUCGGAAUAGGAAGUAAUGAUUAUGUAAACAAUUAUUUGCAACCAUUCAUGGUAGCAGGACAGCAGUACUCCCACGACGAGUUCGUAGAUCUCUUGAUCGCCACCUUGGAGCAACAACUUGUGAAAAUCCAUGUGCUAGGAGCUCGCAAAGUACUCUUCCACGGACUCGGCCCCCUUGGAUGCAUACCAUCGCAGAGGGUGAAAUCAAAGCGAGGGGUAUGCCUCAACCAAGUGAACCGAUGGUCACAGCACUUCAAUGUUAAAGUCCAGAAUCUAGUUCUGAGUUUAAACAAGCACCUAGAGAAUGCAGAAUUUGUAUUUGCUGAUACUUACCAAGAUGUGCUCAAUCUCAUCACAGACCCACAUGCAUAUGGUUUCAAGAUAUCGAAUACAUCAUGUUGCAACGUUGAUACAUCAAUUGGGGGACUAUGCUUGCCGAAUUCUAAAGUGUGCAAAAACAGGAAGGAUUAUGUAUUCUGGGAUGCUUUUCAUCCAUCAGACGCCGCAAAUGCUGUACUAGCUAAUAAGCUCUUCUCAAAUCUAUUUCCCAAUGCUCCUAAGAAUGUAACAAAGCCAUCCAUAAGGAAAACACUUCGACAUCCAUGAUCCACAAGUUUACAGCAGCCACCUACAACAAAGAUAGUUUCUUUUGUGCUGCACAAAUGCAUUGAGUUAAACCACGUAUAUGAAUGAUACAAGUUUUGUGAGAUUUUACGGUGUAUUUAGAAAACUCUUAAUCAAUUUUAUUUCUACUCCAUC